GAAUCAAAUCUCACUUAUUUUUUAAUAUUUUCUUUCGCAAAUCUUUCUGGAAAUAAUACUCGAGCCUAAUGUCCUAUCUGUAUCGCUUCUUGAUGAGCCCCAGGUCUGAGCUACUAACAAAUUCAUUCAUUCAUUUGCGUCCUACGUCCUACAGUUUGAACUCAGUAGGUGCUCAACACAAACACACAAACAACUCCGAACUCUCACAAUGUAUCGUUUGCUGAUUAACGGCAAGCUGCUACUCGCCAUCCUGUUAGUCCUUUUCGUCUACAUAUAUUUUAGUUACAUAACUAAACAUGAACUGCAAGAAAUCGUGACAACUUCUAUCCAAGCAGAGGCCACAACAAGCAGAGAACCUACCCGAGUUCCUACUCAGCGCAAAUUUGGCGUUUUCGAUCAUGAAUGCAAAAUACCAAGAAUCGAUCCUUUCUCCGCUGAUGUCAUGGCAAUUUUUAAGCCCCCCAAACUGAAGGAUUGCGUGGAUCAACCCGAUUUAUUCACUGUUCGAUAUGAUAAGCUGCUCAAUCAAUAUAUUCUACGCUUUAAUAAGCCCCUAUUCAUGGAGCUAUUCCCAAAUGUACUUGACUAUGCCUGUGUCUUUUACCAGAUAGUCAGUGGACCAAGGGAGCCGCCCUCUUGGAACAAGGACUUACCAGUUGCCUGUCGCGAUUGGAUCGUACCUCGUCACAUUUCAGGCAUUGUCGUAGAAUGCCACGAAAUAGGUAACAGAUCCCGAAUCCUGCAACGCGAUGCAUUUCCUCUUGUCCAGUAUCCAGUUGGUCGGAAUGAGAAGAAUGAUGAGGAACGCAGUCGUAUCAAUCCUUCUGUGAUUAUGUUGGGCAUUGACUCCAUGUCACAGAUGAACUUUCAGAGGACUAUGCCAUUGACAGCUCAGUUUGUGCGCCAGCUGGGCUGGUAUGAGAUGCUUGGCUAUAAUACAGUCAGCAAUAAAGUGGUCGAGGGUAUGUUAAGCCUUUUAUCGGGCAAGUUCGGCCAACAGUGGCAGCCAUACUGUGAUGUGAGGAGGCCGGGCUGCUUGGACGCCCUCACUUACCUGUGGAAUCACUUUCACAAUUCGGGCUAUUUGACUGCCUUCGCGGAGGAUUCUCCCACGCUUAAUUUCACGCGAAAGCCCGUUGAUUACUAUCUGUAUCCCAUAUUGGAAGCUUUCAGGCAAAUCAUGGAAGGAGUGAAGCGCGUGAAGGACGACUACUGCCUGGGACGGAAGCAGAGCUUUCGCUAUGUCUUGGAAUCUUGUCUGCAGGUUGUCCAGCGAUUCAUGCACGAGACGCAGAAGCCGCUCUUCGGACUCUUCUGGACGAAAAGCUUCAGCCAUGAGGACUUCAGUGCAGCGGCACGAGUGGAUGAGGAUUUCGUCAAGUAUCUGGAGCUGUACAGGGAGCACGGCUUAUUUAAGAAGGCAGUUGUCAUCUUGUUCAGCCUCCAUGGACAGCGGAAGGGCCCCUUGAUGAAGUUGGCAUCCGGCUUCCUGGAGGAGCGAUUGCCCAUGCUGCACAUUUAUUUGCCGCCCUGGUACCGGAAACAGUAUCCAGAGAUUGCGCACGCGCUUGACGUGAAUCGUCGCCGGCUGUGCUCCACGACUGAUUUGCAUUUGACCAUUAAGGAUCUGCUCCUGCAUGCACAUCCCAACUUGGACUUUGAGAUCGUGUGCAGGAGCUGCAUGUCGUUGUUGUACGUGGUGCCAAGGAAUCGCAGUUGUGCUCAGGCCUCCAUUGCAGGGCAGUUUUGCGCGUGUCGUCCGUGUGCACGAGUACCGGAGAGCGAGUUGGUGCAGCUCUGGGCGAAGAUAAUUGUGUUUCGCAUAAACCAAUAUUUGUACGGGAAAAACCAUGUCCGGCAAUGCCAUCACCUGCAACUGGAACGUUUGCUGACGGUGGAUCAUGAAGAAAUCUAUAAUGUGGAGGGGCAAAUGGUGGAGCCAGUGGACGGUACUGAAAGGUAUCAGAUCAAGUUCAUCACCCAGCCGAAGGCCGUUUUUCUCGGCAACAUUUUCAUCAGCAACAAGUAUAACUUUAUCGACGUGCCCCAGCAGCAAAUACUACGUCUAGACGCACAUGGCAGAUGCCUGGAUGAAAGCGUCGCCCACAACCUCUGCGUCUGUCGAUCGUCGCUUUGACAUAUGGAAUAGACUAAAUUAUAUCUUUUACAUAAUAGAA